AUGUUGACAAUUGACCUUCUUGAGCGGAAGACGUCGGCAGACGUCCCCGCCGAAGACAUGAUCAGUCUCAACGAGAUCUUCAAGCACAUCUUCAAGGCCAAACGAACCACUGUAGUAACAGGAGCAGGCAUCUCCUGUAAUGCUGGAAUCCCUGAUUUCCGCUCAUCUGACGGCUUGUACAAUAUGGUCAGAACCAAGUUCCCCAAGACUGUGGUGAAGGGCCAAGACCUCUUUGACAUCUCGCUCUUCCGCAACGAAAUGUCGUUGGCGGUGUUCUGCACUUUUAUGGAAGGCUUGUACAAAUCUACCCUCGUAGCAAAACCCACAGAAACGCACAGAUUCAUCAAGAUCCUCAAGGACAAAAACAAACUUCUCAGAUGCUACACCCAAAAUAUCGACUCGCUCGAGUCGACCAUCAACCUCAACAUGGGCAUCAACUUGAGUGAGUUUGACACCUGUCACAAGAAUUUUGUCCAGAACUGGAAAAACUUGGAUGUAGUACAACUCCAUGGAAACUUGCAUAAAUUGUCUUGUACCAACUGUUUCACCAAUUUUGACUGGAACGAAAAAUACCAGAGCCAGUUGGCUGAGGGACUCAAUCCACAAUGUUCCAAGUGCUAUGAAAAGUACGAGGAACGACUCUAUUCCGGCAAAAGACUAACUGGAAACAUCGGGCUUCUUCGUCCAGACAUCGUGUUGUAUGGAGAACACCAUCCCCAGUCCGAAAUACUUGCUCAGGGGCUAAAUGUAGACAUCAGGGCAAAGCCAGAUAUGUUGAUCGUCAUGGGAACCUCGCUCAAAGUGGACGGGGUCAAGAAGUUGGUACGAUCACUCUCUGCAUCUGUUCACGCCAAAGGCGGAAAAGUCAUUUUCAUCAACAAGACACCAUUAGCUAAGCAAUGGGAUUCGGUUUUUGACUACGAGAUUCUCAGCGACUGCGACUCGUUUGUGAGGCUCUUGAAGAAUGAAGUGCCAGACUUGUUCUUGACUCAAGAACAGUUGGACUCCAAGAAGUUGAAGAAUAAC